UAUUCCCUUCCCUUCAAGAGAAAAAAUGUUAAUAGGAGAAAUAUAUUCAACAAUAAUUUAUUGUUUUGCUACAUUUGGAUUGUUUUCUAAUUUGUUUUUAGUUUGGCUAAUUUUACGUUAUACAAUGAAAGAAAUGCAAGUUUAUAGCAAAAUACUUUUACAAACUUGUUUUGUUGAUAUUGUUGGGAUUUGUAUGUUUGUUGUUUCUCAACCGGUCUAUAUUUCUGAUAAUGGCACGGGUACAGCUUGGAGUUAUGGACCUGUACAUUUUUUGCCAAAUCCUUGGCAAUUCGUUCUCCUUCGUAUAAAUUAUUUUAUGGCAAGAGUUACCUCAAUGAAUGUCUGUACAUUAUUUAUUUAUCGUUAUUUUACUGUUGUUCGCGAUGUUGAUGUUAAAUUUAAACACCAAUUAUUAUUAAUUGUUGGAUUGAUAAUUCCAAUAUUUGUAUUAAAUGUUUGUGCUUCUAUAUCCAACAAUCCAACACCAGAAAAUGAAUAUUUAACUAAUUAUGAGGUGGCACAAACAUUGGGAUUGGAUAAUUAUACAAUUGAAAAUUAUGUUGUUGGACUUAGAUCUAGAACCAAUGACCUAUCAAUUUUUACUGCAAAUUAUGCUUCAGCAUUAACAAUAAUUAAUUAUAUAAUAAUUAUUUUUUGUGGAAUAAGUAUUCAAAUACAUGUUUAUCGUCAUUGUAAAGGUGUACAAAUGACUCAAUUACGUAAUAUGAAUAAACAAAUGAGUAUUGUUUUGGGGGCACAGGCUAUUCUACCUCUAAUAACCUAUAUCACCACUUUAUUCACCAAUUUAAAUUUUUUGUUUAAUUUGCCUGGUCUAUAUUCUUCGUCUAUUGCAAUAUACUUUACUUCAAGUUUGGGGUCAUUAAUUGCUGUUUUAAAUCCUAUUGUGAGUUUUUACUUUUAUUUUUGA